AUGAUGAUAAAAUGGAGAUUGUGUUUAAUCUUCUCCCUUUUCAACUUAGUGUUUGUUUUUUCUUCUUCUGCUAGUCACUUGUGUCGUCCAGACCAGAAGGAUGCUCUUUUGGAGUUCAAGAGCGAGUUCUAUGUCCAAGACUUAUAUGCUAAUGGGCGUACAAAGAGCUGGAGGAACAACAGUGAAUGCUGUUCUUGGGAUGGUAUCUCUUGUGAUCCUAAGACGGGCAUGGUCGUUGAUUUAUACCUCAGCGUCAUCAUACUCAAUGGCCCUUUGAGAUCUAACAGUAGUCUCUUUAGACUACAACAUCUCCAGAGCCUGGAUCUUAGUGGGAAUAAUCUUUCUGGUACUCUGCCAGAGUCCAUCAGCAAGCUCAAACAUUUGAUGGUUUUGAGUCUUGUUGGUUGCAAUUUCUUUGAUGGAUUAUUCAAUCGUCGGUUGAGAUCACUUGAUGUUGGUCGCAACCGUCUAUCAGGAGUACUUCCCAAGUCUCUUAUCAACUGCACUCACCUCGAGUUUCUGAAUGUGGAAGAAAACGGAUUCAGUGACACGUUUCCUUUUUGGUUGAGAUUGUUGCCAAAUCUACAGGUUCUUGUCCUUCGUUCUAACCAGUUCCAUGGGCCAAUGUCUUCUCUUGGAGACUCUCUGAGUUUCCCCAAGCUACGGAUCUUUGACAUUUCGAAAAAUCGCUUCAAUGGAAUCUUGCCAUCAGAUUACUUUGCUAAAUGGAGUGCAUUGUCAUCGUCUUAUUUGGAGAGCCAGACAGUUUUUUACAUAGAAUACUAUCAGAAAUCGGUGGGUCUGACGAACAAAGGGUUGGAGAUGGAGCUAGUUGGGAGUGGUUUCACAAUCUACAAAACCAUUGACGUCUCUGGGAACAGACUCCAAGGAGACAUUCCGGAAUCCAUUGGUUUACUCAAGGAACUGAUCGUGCUCAACAUGUCAAACAACGCUUUCACUGGCCGUAUCCCAUCAUCUCUGGGGAACUUGACCAAUCUCGAGUCAUUGGAUCUAUCUCAAAACCGAUUAUCCGGAAAAAUUCCACUAGAGCUCGGGAAGCUCACGUUUCUAGCGCGUAUGAACUUCUCUUACAACAUGCUCGAAGGUCCAGUACCACAAGGCACUCGGAUUCAAAGCCAGAAUAGUUCUGCUUUCGCAGGGAAUCCCGGACUCUGCGGUGCUCCUCUCCAAGAAACCUGCGGCAGAAAAGCAAAAGAAAAGGAAGAUGAAGAAAAGGAAGAAGAAGAAGAUAAAACAUUUAGCUGGAUCGCAGCUGCAAUAGCCUACGUACCUGGUGUUUUCUGUGGUCUUACCAUCGGUCACAUUCUCUCUACAUAUAAACAUGAUUGGUUCGUGAACAUCUUUCACUCUUUUACUUAG